CUGUCGAGUUCAGGAGAGGCCAUGCCAUUUGGCUGUCUAACGAUUGGGGAAAAGAAGGAUUACAACAGUCCUUCGGAUGUGACAGAUAAAUAUGACCUGGGUCAGGUUGUUAAAUCGGAGGAGUUCUGUGAGAUAUUCAGAGCCAAGGACAAAAACACGAUGAAAAUGUACACGUGUAAAAAGUUCCUGAAAAAGGACGGGAGGAAAGUCCGCAAGGCUGCCAAAAACGAGAUCCUCAUCUUGAAGAUGGUGAAGCAUCCCAAUAUCCUCCAACUGGUUGACGUUUACGAGACCAAAAAAGAGUACUUCCUCUUCCUUGAGCUAGCAACAGGCAGAGAGGUAUUUGACUGGAUUCUAGAUCAAGGCUACUACUCAGAACGGGACACCAGCAACGUGGUGCGCCAGGUGUUGGAGGCUGUGGCCUACCUCCACUCCCUGCACAUUGUCCACAGAAACCUCAAGCUGGAGAACUUGGUCUACUACAACCGCCUGAAGCACUCCAAGAUCGUCAUCAGCGACUUCCACCUGGCCAAGCUGGAGAAUGGGCUGAUAAAAGACCCGUGUGGGACACCGGAGUACUUGGCCCCUGAGGUCGUAGGCCGGCAGCGGUAUGGCCGGCCUGUGGACUGCUGGGCAACCGGAGUCAUCAUGUACAUACUGCUGUCAGGCAACCCUCCUUUCUAUGACGAAACCGACGAUGAUGACUAUGAGAACCACGACAAGAACCUGUUCCGCAAGAUCUUGGCAGGGGAUUACGAGUUUGACUCUCCGUACUGGGAUGAGAUCUCUGACUCAGCUAAGAGUCUCGUUGCCCGCUUGAUGGAGGUGGAUCAGGACCAGAGACUAACGGCCCAGGAGGCUAUAAACCAUGAAUGGAUCUCUGGAGGAGCAGCGUCAGAUAAGAACAUUAAGGAAAACGUGUGUGCACAAAUAGAGAAAAACUUUGCCAGAGCUAAGUGGAAGAAAGCUGUCCGGGUCACCACCAUCAUGAAGAGGCUGAGGGCCCCCGAGCAGAGCGAGGCCAAGCCGGCCGGCCCUGCCACGGACACGGCAACGGCCCCGGCAACGGACCCGGCAACCGGCCCGCCCUCGCUCGAGGGCGCCUCGGCCGUGGAGCCCCCGGCCAACGCCGGCGAGGGCGGGGGGGUGACCGACCCGGCCCAGGAGGCCCAAGCUGCCACUGGGGGGCCGCAGCAGCCCAACCCAGACCCCCAAGGGGAGGAACCAAUCACCAGCUGCAACGGGGAGGCCUCGGCUGCACUUCACACACCCACCGGGGACGGGGGCGAGCAGGGUUAA